UCCAAGUCGAAUGGGUGGACAUGCCGACUUGGAUGCGAAUGCUUCCCGUGUCUUAUUACUCAGGCACCGGCGGAGCAAAGCGUGCCCUGAAUCAUUGCAGUGGAUACUCAUUCGUGUUCUAAUCGUGAUAUAGUGGGAAUCAAUGGAAACGACAGCGACUGCACUAGUAUAUUGGAGUUAAAACACAGAGCACGUCAUGGCAAGGUGUAUUGCGUGCUGCAAUGCAAGAAGAUACAUCAGGAGAGAGAAGAAUAUUAAUGCUAAUGCUUGAGCCCGAAUCUUGUCUUGGUGUUGCAGUGGCCUGAGAGAUAUUGUUUUUUUUACGUGUCUCAUAUACCGGCUAGAAGGUGGGUUUCGCUAUGUCGAACAAAGACAGCCUGGACAAGUCGGGCAUUGUGGUUGAUGGUCAUGGCAUUGAUAGUCAACCAAAACCGAAGCGCACUCUCACGCAACGCGUCCUCGCGGUGGUUUGGGACUCUUUGGACAAAUCGCCCGAGGAGAGAGCGUUCAUUGCAAGAAUCGAUUUUUGGAUUCUGACCUAUGUAUGCAUUGCAUACUUCGUAAAGUAUCUCGACCAGACAAAUAUCAGCAAUGCCUACGUCUCCGGAAUGAAGGAGGACCUUCAUCUUACCGGCAAUGAUCUCAACUACCUCACCACAUAUUGGAACAUUGGCUACAUUCUAGGCCAGAUCCCUUCGCAGUUGAUCAUGCUGAAGAUUCGGCCCUCAAUUUGGCUUCCGACUCUCGAGCUCAUCUGGGGAUUUCUGGUGAUGGGAAUGGCUGGUGCUAAGGAUGUGAAGACCUUAUUCGUCUUGCGAUUCUUCAUUGGUCUGCUCGAAGCGUCCGCUUACCCAGGCAUCAUGACUUUGUUGGGAAAUUGGUACACACCAGCAGAAUUGGGCAAGAGGGCAUGCAUAUUCCAGGCAUCUUCGUCUGCAGCGCAGAUGUUCUCGGGGUAUCUGCAGGCGGGUCUCCUGCGAAUGGAUGGAAAACACGGAAUCGCUGCAUGGCAAUGGCUUUUCAUCUUCGAUGGAAUCAUCGGAGUGCCAAUUGCAAUCUAUGGCUACUUUGCCAUCCCCGAUCAACCCACGAGCUCCAAGGCGCGCUGGCUCCCACCGCAGCAGAAACAAAUGGCCAUCGAUCGCAUGGAAGUUUGCAAACGGCGCCCUGUGAAGAAGCUCACUGCUCGCAAAAUGCUCUCGAUUCUCAAAUGCUGGCAACUAUACCUUUUCUGCGCGAUCUUCGUCGCGCACGUCCUCGGCAUUCGCAUAUACAGCUACUUCAACGUGUGGCUCAAAUCGACAAAGAGAUGGAGUACUGAAGAAGUGAACCUGAUCCCUACCGCGGGAUAUGGUGCUCAGAUCUUCUUCACGCUCACUUACGCCUGGACAUCUGACGCGAUUGGAAAGCGAUGGCCGGUCAUCAUAGCCGCGUGCGUUCCAGCCUUGACCGGCUGCAUUAUCCUCUCCGUCUGGCCAGACCAUAACAUUGCGGCAAUGAUUGCCGGCUGGAUUCUGACGUUCCUCGAGACUGGAGCAGGAGCUCUGAUUAUUACGUGGAUUCAAGAAAUUUGCUCAGAAUCUGCAGAGCACAGAAUUGUGAUUAUUGGAAUCGUAGAGGCGAUUGCUUUCACUUUCCAAGCGUGGGUGCCGCUGUUUGUUUACAACACGGGAAAGGCGCCUCAUUUCCCUAUCGGCUAUGAGAUGGCGGCGAUGUUCUUUGCUAUUGAGAUACUCUUGACUCUGGUUAUUUGGAGGCUGAACAAGAAGUGGCCAUUGCGAGCAGAGAAUGAGGAUUGAUUACUGAUGGUCAUCUACUAAGCACAUAAGUGCUAGAUAGAUUGGGGCAGUUUGGAUAUGCUUGAGGAGCGU